AAUUCGAAGCAACCAUCAUAAUUCCUAACUAACAUACACACUCACAUCCUUAUCAUUUGUUCUUUGACAUUUCUCCCAUUACCAACCAACACUUUUUUAAUUCCCCUACCCAACAUUUGGAACCUCAUUUAGGUAAAURUCUCACACCUUCCUAAAUUUUCUAAAUAAUCUUUUGAACAAUAAAGGUUGUCCACCAAACUAUCAAUAUUUGUCAAAAUUCAGUAGUUAAGCUAAAGACUAGAAAGUUGAACCUCCCAAGUCCCAAUAAGAUCAAAUUUCACUUUUCAAUAAUCCAGAAACUAAAACCAUAUAUUCCAUCACUAAUAUAAAAGGAAAAAACAUUCCCUUUCUCUUACUGUUGUGUCAAUCGUUCGCUGUCACCACUAUGUUUCGCUCCCUUCUUUUGGCCCUCUUCUUCCUCGGCUCGCCGCCGUGCAUUCCGUCCAGAACCGUGCCGGUGCUCAAAAAUCGGACCGCCGGUUUGGGUCUGGGCCUUCCAAUUAUUACUGCUGCAGCGGGGUGGCGCGUGUCGGAUACGUUGCAUGGGCCCCAUGCAACGGCGCGUUAUGUAUUAUUUCCCGGGAAGCCACGGUGGACGCGUCGAAUGCCGAUGGUGCUGACGUAUGCAUUCUUGGAGGACAACUGGAUGAGCAACUUGAGCGUAAAAGACGUGAAACGUGUAUUUCGCAAGUCGUUUUCCAAGUGGGCCUCGGUUAUUCCGGUGAGCUUCGAGGAAACCGACGAUUACGAUUACGCCGACAUAAAAAUCGGAUUUUACAAAGGCGAUCACAGCGACGGGCAGCCAUUCGACGGCGUGCUGGGGGUGCUGGCCCACUCGUUCUCGCCGGAGAUCGGGAGGCUCCACCUGGACGCGGCGGAGACGUGGGCCGUGGAUUUCGAGAGGGAGAAAUCGGCGGUGGCGGUUGACUUGGAAUCGGUGGCGACGCACGAGAUUGGGCAUUUGCUGGGGCUGGGUCACAGCCGGGUGAGAGAGUCGGUGAUGUACCCAAGCUUGAAGGCGAGGGAGAAGAAGGCGAAUCUGGAAGUGGAUGACGUGGAAGGCGUGCAAGCUCUUUAUGGAUCGAACCCAAAUUUCAAAUUGGAGUCUUUGGAGUUGGAGUCUGAAACUUCUACGAACCAAGCUCAGGCUCAUGUUUCCACGUCAUCUACAACUUGGGCCAUUGCCAUCUGCUUCGUCUUCUUUACUUGCCCUUUUAUUGUUCUUCUAUAAAUAAUAAUGUUUUAACCAAAGACUAUAAAUGUUGCAAAUUACAAACAAUUUUAUUUAAUA